AUGCUGCAGUAUAUUCUGCUCGUCUCGCGGCAGGGCAAGGUGCGCCUGGCCAAAUGGUUCAUCACUCUAUCACAAAAGGACAAGGCCAAGAUUGUGAAAGAUGUCACACAGCUCGUCCUGGCGCGACGGACAAAGAUGUGCAAUUUCCUCGAAUACAAAGAUACAAAGGUGGUCUACAGGAGAUAUGCUUCCCUCUUCUUCGUCGCUGGAAUUGAAAACGACGACAAUGAGCUCAUGGCGCUGGAGGUGAUUCACCGCUACGUUGAGACACUCGACAAGUACUUUGGCAAUGUGUGCGAGCUCGACCUCAUCUUCAACUUUCAAAAGGCAUACUUUGUCCUAGAUGAACUCAUCAUGGCGGGCGAGCUACAGGAGAGCUCAAAGAAGAGUGUCUUGCGCGUUAUCGGGCAGCAAGACGCACAGGAAGACCUCGAAGCAGAGGAACAAGGACUCGGGCAGUUUCUUGCAGACAUGACGCGCUAA